UAGUAGACCCACAAUACCCACAUUUCAAUAUCUUUCAAAAACAAUACUACUCUAUUAUCUAAAACUAUAUAAUAAACAAUUUGCAUAACCAGUUGUAUUAUAAUUAUACUAUAUUACAGACAAAACUUGGGCUAUAGUUCUUAUAUAUAUAGGAAUUCAACAAUUUCAUCAAUCAAUUACCCCAAUUCACACUUCUUUAGCUCUCUCUCUCCCUCUCCCUUUUUUCAAAACCAAAACAGAGCAAAACAGAGCAAAAUAAAUCAAAUGGACGUAAGUUGCAUAGAUCAAGAUCAGACUUCCCAUUCGGCGGAGUCUCUCUGCCGAAUAGGAAGUGGAGUCAGCGUCAUAAUAGACGCUGACUCAAUAAAUUGUGUAGAAGCAGAGUCCAAAAAUAAUAACAACAAGCUUCCUUCUUCAAAGUACAAAGGUGUUGUCCCUCAACCAAAUGGCCGAUGGGGUGCACAAAUCUACGAAAAACAUCAAAGAAUUUGGCUUGGAACUUUCAAUGGUGAAGAAGAAGCAGCAAGAGCAUACGAUAUCGCGGCGCAGCGUUUCCGUGGCAGAGACGCUGUGACAAAUUUCAAACCCCUGUUUGAUAAUUGUCAAGCAGUUGAAAUCGAGAUUUCAUUUUUGAACUCUCAUUCUAAGGUUGAAAUCGUCGAUAUGCUACGUAAACACACGUAUAAUGACGAACUUGAACAUGCCAAGAAAGUAUAUAAUAAUACUUUUGAGAAGAAUGGAAGAAGAAUAUGCCAUACUGAUGAUGUCGCGACUUUUUCAUUUGAUAAUAAUGAAAAAAUCGCGAACAAAGCUCGUGAACUGCUUUUUGAAAAAGCAGUUACACCGAGCGAUGUGGGAAAGCUUAAUAGGCUUGUUAUUCCGAAACAACAUGCGGAGAGAUAUUUCCCUUUAGGGGGAAAUGGAAAUGGAAAUAGUACUACUAAUACUUCAAAAGGGGUGUUGUUAAAUUUUGAAGAUAUGAAUGGAAAAAUGUGGAGAUUUCGAUAUUCCUAUUGGAAUAGUAGUCAGAGUUACGUGCUAACUAAAGGAUGGAGUGGUUACGUGAAAGAAAAGAAGUUGAAGGCCGGAGAUAUUGUAAGUUUCAAACGGUGUAUAGGAGUUGGAGUUGAAGAUAAACAACUUUAUAUUGACUCGAAGGCCAAAAUACAAGUUCGAGUUGAUCAACCGGUAAAAAUGGUUAGAUUAUUCGGAGUGAAUAUAUGCAAGGUCCAAGAUGUUAGUAGUAAUGUUGUUGUUGACAAAAAUAUGAGUGGUGGCAAAAGAAUGAGGGAGAUGGAAUUGUUGGCAUUUGAGUGUAGCAAGAAACAAAGAGUUAUAAUCGAUGCCUUGUGAACACUAGCUAAUUGGAGUAUAUUUUCUUUUGUUUGUAAUUUUAUUUAUUUUUCCUUUGUGAACUUGCUUUUAGAUGUUUCAAAUGAUAACUUCCAAUUGUAAAUUAGUAUUACUAGAAAAAGAAUGGCUCAAAAAAGAGAGCUCAUCAACUAAGAUGAAAACAUAUAUGAAAAUAGAGACAAGAAAUUAAUUAAUGUGAGUUUCUAGCUUUUAUAUGUUCAAUAUUUGAACU